CUUGAUCUGUGCAGCCAAAUCAAACCAGCAAUGAAUAAAGUGGAGAAAUUCAAACACCAAGUGACCAAGUGAAAGGUUUUACACUCAGUCACUCACCAAACUGCAGUGUGCCACCAACUUGAAGCAAAAGAAGCCCCAAUUUGCAUAAUCCUACAGAGAAUCCUAGGAGUUAAAUCCAAGUAAAAUGAAAUCAACAAAAACAAAAGUAAUUUCUCACCACUGUGGAUAACAUGCACCGUUGGCCUGUUGCCAUUUUGAUUGAAACAGUCUCCGGUGAAGGCUCCUCAAAUAAAAUCAUCCUGUCCAAAGUGAAAGAUAUUGCUGCCUAUCCAUCAUAGAAAACCAGUUCGCCACACCCCACCUACGCCUGUUAUGAGUCCUGGGUAAACUAUGCUAGCGCCCCAAAAUGAUUCCUGAAUUUGUACAACUCAACCUAUGCUUGUUGCUUGACGUUUUUCCAUCAUACAAUCCUAUACAAAUCUAAUGAAACCACUUGAAAUAUCGAUUAACAUAAGGUAUAUUGUAUCUUAGAAAUUAAUUCUGAGUAAAGAAGGCAUUGUUCCCUGGAUCAUGGGCCAUGCUUAUAUUUUGAAUACGAUUAUGGAUGCUAUUACUGACACAGAAUACAUUUAGAUUUGACAUUGCAUGAUGAUUCCUACAAUUUAUGUUGUGGUCCAUUUAGCGUGGUGAGAUACCCUAUAAUCAUAGCAUACAGUUGUGAUUCACAAAUUCUAAUUCAACAGGUGGAUUUAGCAGUUAUCUGUUUGGUAUGAGUGGAACUAUUGCUAAUAAAGUAACCGAGGCCAAUGAUGCUCAGAAUAUCAAGGAACCCCACCUCGGAUGGAUGAUAGGGUUUAUGUUCCUUGGCAGUUUCGUUGGCCUUUUUGCUCUGGUGCCUCUGAGAAAGGCUAGAUGCUUCCCUUUCCUACUCUAUUCUUCAGGGACAUUUUGCAAAAACAAACUUUCUAUGAUGAUCAACAGGGAAGCAUGUUUUCAGGUUAUGAUAGUGGAUUACAAACUGACUUACCCAAGUGGCACUGCAUCCGCUUACCUCAUCAAUGGAUUCCACGCACCUCAGGGUACCAAGCGUGCAAUGAAGCAAGUUCGGAUGUUGGGCAAAUACUUCUCACUCAGCUUCCUUUGGGCAUUCAUCCAGUGGUUCUACACAGCCGGGGAAAACUGUGGAUUCGGGUCCUUCCCAACACUUGGCCUUGAAGCUUAUAAAAACAGGUUCUUUUUUGAUUUCUCACCUACUUAUGUUGGUGUUGGAAUGAUCUGCCCAUAUAUUGUAAAUGUGUCUCUUCUUCUUGGAGGCAUCAUCUCGUGGGGAGUAAUGUGGCCAUUGAUCAGCACAAAGAAAGGAAGUUGGUACCCCGAGACUCUACCGGAUAGUAGUCUACAUGGACUGCAAGGUUACAGGGUGUUUAUAACCAUAGCAGUAAUUCUUGGGGACGGCCUGUACAACAUCUUAAAGGUACUUGGUCGCAUAAUAGAAGCCUUCAUAUCAAGGUACAGGAAUAGAAAUACAAACAUGCUUCCUGUGUCCGAUGAUGGCACCCCAGUCACUAACAUCGACGCUGAGUCAUUCGACGAAAAGCGUCGUGCUGAGCUAUUCAUGAAGGAUCAAAUUCCCACUAAAGUUGCAUUUGGAGGCUAUGUCGUCUUGGCAGCUAUAACCAUCGGUUGUCUCCCUCUCAUCAUCCCACAGCUCAAGUGGUACCAUAUUUUGGCUGCCUACAUCCUUGCACCAGCACUAGCCUUCUGCAAUGCCUAUGGAUGUGGCCUAACAAAUUGGUCCUUUGCCAGCGCCUACGGUAAGCUUGCAAUCUUUAGUUUUGGUGCGUGGGCAGGUGCUUCUCGUGGUGGUGUGAUUGUGGGAUUAGCUGCAUGCGGUGUGAUGAUGAGCAUUGUGGGAACAGCUGCUGAUCUGAUGCAAGACUUCAAGACCGGGUACCUGACUCUGGCCUCACCAAGGUCCAUGUUCAUCAGCCAGGUGAUAGGCACCGCCAUGGGCUGUGUUAUUGCCCCCUGCAUCUUCUGGUUGUUUUACAAGUCAUUUGAUGUUGGAGCAAGCGAUGGCGCUUACCCAGCACCUUACACCAUUAUGUACCGUAACAUGGCGAUCAUGGGUGUGGAUGGUUUGUCCCUUCCAAAGCACUGCCUCACCUUAUGCUACAUAUUCUUUGUGGUUUCCUUCGCGAUCAACUUGAUCAAGGACCUGGUGCCGAAGAAGGUGGCAAAGUUCAUCCCCAUCCCCAUGGCAGUUGCAAUUCCUUUCUACAUCGGCGCAUUCUUCACUAUUGAUAUGUUCUUGGGCUGUACAAUACUAUUCAUUUGGGAAUGGAAAAACAAAGCUGAAGCAGACUCGUUGGGACCAGCAGUUGCAGCAGGUUUCAUGUGCGGUGACGGCCUCUGGGCACUACCAGAGGCUGUUCUCUCUCUUGCAAAUGUGAAACCUCCCAUUUGCAUGAAGUUUUUAUCGAGGUCUGUGAAUGCCAAAGUGGACUCCUUCCUUGAGAACUAGUUAGUGCUAGUUUGGUAUAGAAUUAUCUUUCUUUCAUAGUAGAAGUGGUCAAAUAAUUCUAUUAUGUUCAAGCAAUGAAGCAGACAAGCACAAUUGGAGCAGUUGACUGA